GCAGGAGUUGCCGGGAUUUUAAGGGUUUUACCUUUUUGCCGACUGAUUGAAAGGUCUAAACAGAUCCUGUAUUUUCCCACGCCGGCAUGUCCUCAGAGAACACAUUGGAUGAUGAGGAUACCUUCAAGGUCCUAAUUGCCACAGAUAUUCAUCUUGGUUACCUCGAGAAAGAUGCUAUACGCGGCAAUGACACCUUCAUCACAUUUGAUGAAAUUUUGCAGUAUGCCAAGUCAAAACAGGUAGACUUAAUCCUGCUGGGGGGGGAUUUGUUUCAUGACAAUAAACCUUCACGUAGAUGCCUCCACAACUGCAUCACUUUGCUAAGAAAAUACUGCAUGGGAGACUCACCUGUAACCUUCAACAUCCUUAGUGACCAGACUGUCAACUUCAACACAACCAAGUUCCCCUGGGUGAACUAUCAGGAUCAAAACCUGAACAUCUCUAUUCCUGUGUUCAGUGUUCAUGGUAAUCAUGAUGACCCAACUGGGUCCGAAGGUUUGUGCGCAUUGGAUCUGCUAAGUGCUUCUGGUCUUGUUAAUCAUUUUGGCCACUCCAACUCCGUGGAAAGGAUCGAAAUUAGUCCCAUUCUGAUGCAGAAAGGCAACACCAAGCUGGCCCUUUAUGGUCUUGGUUCUAUCCCAGACGAGCGCUUGUACAGAAUGUUUGUCAACAACCAGGUUUCAAUGCUUCGCCCCAAAGAAGACCAAGAUGAAUGGUUUAACCUCUUUACAAUCCACCAGAACAGGAGUAAACAUGGUCCUACAAACUACAUUCCCGAGCAGUUCCUGGAUGACUUUCUCGACCUGGUGGUGUGGGGUCACGAGCACGAAUGUCUGAUUGCACCGAGCAGAAACGAGCAGCAGCUCUUCUAUGUGACACAGCCUGGAAGCUCUGUGGCCACCUCCCUAUCCCCUGGAGAGGCCGCUAAGAAGCACAUAGGACUGCUGAGAGUGAAAGGUCGAAAGAUGAAUCUGCAAAAGAUCCCCUUAAACACUGUGCGUCAGUUUUUUAUUCAGGAUGUGGUGCUGGCUGACUUUGAAGACAUUUUCACUCCUGACACACCUCAGGUUACAAAGAAGGUGGAGGAUUUGUGCUAUGCCAAGGUCACAGAGAUGUUGGAAGAAGCUGAGCGGGAAAGACUCGGAAGUCCACUCACUCCGGAGAAACCUUUAAUUCGGCUGAGAGUGGACUACAGCGGGGGCUUUGAGGCGUUCAACACCUCUCGCUUCAGUCAAAAGUUUGUUGAGCGUGUGGCCAACCCAAAAGACGUUAUUCACUUCAUGAGACGACGUGAGCAAAAGGAGGACAUCAAAGAUGAGGUCAAUGUUGACUAUGGCAAGUUGAUAAAAACCACUGCUGUUGAGGGCCUGAGAGUGGAGGACCUAGUUAAAAAGUACUUUGAAGCAGCUGAGCAGAAGGUGCAGCUGUCUCUGCUGACAGAGCAGGGCAUGGGAAAGGCCAUCCAGGAGUUUGUGGACAAAGAUGAGAAGGAUGCCAUUGAGGAGCUCAUCACCUACCAGUUAGAGAAGACACAGCGCCAUCUUCAGGCCAGAGGAAUUGCUACAGAGCAGGAUAUAGAUGAAGAGAUUCGGCGAUUCAGAGAUUCUAAAAAGAACACAACUGAAGAGGACAAUGAGAUUCAAGAAGCUAUCAACAGAGCCAAGGCUCACCGACUGGAACGUGGUGAUGUCGAUCCUCCAGGUGAAUCAGAUGAUUUUGGAGAUGUUGCCAUGGAUUCUGAUGAAGGUUCAAUUCCGUUUCCUGCCCCUACACGCGGCAGAGGGCGAGGAAGCAGAGGACGAGGCAGCAGAGGCAGGGGCAGAGGUGCAGCUGCUUCUGAACCAAAACAAGCUGGUCGGGGUCGUUCCCAGAAAUCCUCAGCAUCAACACAAAGCAGAAGUAUUAUGCAAGCAUUUCAGGCUCCAUCCCAGAAAUCGCGAUAUGGAGCCAGCUCAUCAUCUGCAGCUGAUGAAAUGAUAAUUGAUGACUCAGAUGACGAUAUUCCUGCAGUGAAAGCUACCAGGCCGCCUCCAAGACCUUCAGGAUCGUCAUCCUUCUCCAAGUACAGCUCUCAGAGCCAGAGCCAGUCAUCUCGAGGAGUUGCAUUUGAGGAUAGCGAUGAUGAUGAUGAGGAUAACCCUUUCAAAGGCCCCAGCCGUCGUUCAAGAAGAUAAUUUCAAGUGGGUUUAUCAAAUCUUAAUAUUGUUAAUUUUCAAAAACAUCUGUUAUCAAGCUUUUACAUUGUUCUGAAGGACUUCGAGUUACAUUCAUUUAUCAGUCUUCUCAGUGUGUGCAAGUAAAAUUUACCUUAGUCUGUCAUUGUUGCAUCCGAUCAGUCUGAGUGUUGCUGUUGUACAUUAACACUGAACAGUGUUGAAUUUCUUUCACUGACCUUUGUAGUACUUCAUAGGAAUAAUAAAUGCAUUUUUUUUCUAAA